UCUAGGUCUGUAUGCGUUUCCCCCUCUCUCUAUAACCCGUUUCGUGUUUAUUCCUGACUGGAUUCUCUCCCGUUCCGGCAACGACAGACAACGACGCCCUUCUCCAUUUUCUCUCUUCCACACCUUUCAUUCUUUCUUCGGAUUCCUUCUCCCUUCUAUUCUGGCAACGGCAACGACGCCAACCAGCCUUCCCGUUUGGAAGCGGGCCAACGCUACCCAGCAGCUCUUCUUCCGGAAACGACAACGGUGGAAGUAGGGUUUCUGUAGAACUUGUCGGAGCAUCUCAUUUCUUUUGUGUUUGUUUUCAAUUCAUUUGAGAAUUGGGUUUCGGUCUCUCUACAUUGCAUACAAGCGAUAGCACCUCAUCAUGUUCACGCCUCAGAGGAAGGAUGUGGCUUUUACAGACGGCCCACCGCCGCCGUUGGGGUCUCUGAACGACCGAUUCCAUAAAAUUGCGGCAGCUGCGGAUACUGGGAACAUGGACGAUUGGAGGAAGUUUAAGAAGGCGGGGUUGUUGGACGCGGCUGCAAUGGAGCGCAAGGAUCGGGAGGCGCUUCUUGAGAAGGCUUCAAGGCUUCAGAGCGAGCUUUUUGAUUACCAGCACAAUUUAGGACUUAUUUUGCUAGAGAAGAAAAUGUGGGCUUCAAAGUAUGACCAACUAGGGCAAGAUUUAGCAGAAACUGAGGAGAUCUUCAAACGUGAACAAUCAGCACACUUAAUUGCAUUAUCUGAAGUUGAAACGAGGAGGGAUAAUUUGAAGAAAGCUCUUGCUGCCGAGAAGCAACAUGUGUCUAGUCUUAAAAAGGCUUUAUGUGAAGUAAAGGAGGAGCGUGCAGAAAUCAAGCUUACUUCUCAGAAAAAGUUGGCUGAUGCAAAUGCUUUGAUGCAUGGAAUUGAGGAGAAAUCUUUGAAGUUGCAGAAAAAGUUGAAUGCUGCUGAAGCCAAGCUUGCUGAGGUAAAUAGGAAGAGUUCAGAGUUGGAGAUGAGGAUGCAUGAAGUUGAAGCUCGUGAAAGUGUGCUUCAGACGGAGCAAAUAUCCUUGGCCACAAGGAAAGAAGCACAUCAGGUGACUUCCCAUAAAGAAGAAGACGGCUUACGUAAGUGGCAACAAAAGUUGCAGGAACGGGAAGAAAGCUUGAGCAGGAGUCGUGAAUUGCUAAAUGAUAAAGAGCAGAAGGUAAAUGAAAAUGGCACAAUUAUGAAACAAAAAGAGAAGGAUCUCGAAGAGAUAAAGAAGAAGAUUGAUCAAUCAAGUUCAAUUCUGAAAGAGAAGGAAGAUGAUGUAAAUAGACAAUUGGCAGAUGUAGAAGCAAAAGAGAAGGAAGCUGAUUUAUCAAGAAGUCUCUUAGAGAAAAAACAAGAAGAAUUAGAUCAUAUGGAAGAAAACCUUCGUGGGAGAGAAAGGAUGGAAACCCAGCAGCUGCUUCAUGAACAAAGUGCUCUUCUACAGAAGAAGAGAGAAGAGUUUGAGUUGCAAUUGGAAGAAAAAAGGCAUUCUGUGGAAAAUGAAGGUAGUAUCACGUUAGGAGCAAUCAAAAGGAAAGAUAUUGAAAUUAAUCAUAAGAAAGAAAAGUUAGUGAAGCAAGAACAAGCUUUGGAUAAAAAAUUGCAUAGAACAAAGGAGAAAGAGGGUGAUCUUGAACGAAAGUUAAAGGCUUUGAAGGCAAAAGAUAAGAUUUUGAAAGCUGAUGAGAGAAAGCACGAGGUGGAAAGGUUGCAAAUGCUAGCUGAUAGAGAUAGCUUACAGUCUCUCAUUGAUGAGAUUGAGAAAAUCAGGACUGCAAGUACGCAGAAGGAGUGGCAAUUUCACGAGGAGAGGGAGAAAUUGCAGGUGAUAAAAGAAGAGAGAUCAGAGCAUGUUCGUUUACAAUGUCAAUUGAUGCAGGAAAUUGAGAGUUACAGACUUCAGAACAAAAUAGUUACGAAAGAACAUGAUGAUCUGAAGCAGGAAAGGGUCAAGUUUGAAAGAGAUUGGGAAGCCUUAGAUGAGAAAAGGACUGAAAUACAUAAUGGACUUGGAGAUCUUGAGGAGUUGAGGAAGAAAUUAGAGAUCUUAAGGACAGAGGAGGAAAGGUUGAGAAAUGAGAAAACUGAGAUGCUAAUUUAUAUGCAGAGAGAGUUGGAUAAUGUCAAGCAAGAAAAAGAAUUAUUUGCCUCAACUACAAGGCAUGAGCAGCAAGCCUUGUCUCAGCAGGCCCAAAAUAAGCAUAACCAAUUACUUCAAGAUAUAGAGUUGCAGAGAAAAGAUCUUGAGAGUCACUUGCAGAAGAGCCAGGAGGAACUAGAGAAAAGACGGCAGGAAAGGGAGCUAGCAUUUGAAGAGGAGAGAAAGAGAGAACGAAAUGAAAUUUUGUACUUGAAAGACAUUGCUCUGAAGGAAAAGGAAGAGUUAUCAUCUGAGAGGCAUCAAUUGGAAAAGGAAAAGGAGGUUGUUACCAUGAAUAGGAAGGAAUUGAUAGCAGACCAUCUUGAAAUUCAUCAAGAUAUAGACAAACUCAACGUAUUAAGUAAGGAGCUGAAAUGUCAGAGAGAACAGCUUAUUCAAGAUAGGAUUUGCUUUUUGGCUUUUGUUGAUAAGCUUAAGAGUUGUGAGAAUUGUGGCGUCUCCAUUAAGGAAUUUAUGGUUCCUGACCUCCAAAUGCCUGCAGACAUCAGAGAACCGGACCUUCUAGCAAAUCUAGAUGUAGAAUCUUUAAAACUUUUCCAGAAAGAAUUAGCUGCUUCCGAGUUCGAUUCAGACUCUGGAGGCCGCAUGUCUUGGCUCAGAAGAUGCAGCAGAAAGAUUUUAAAUCUGUCUCCUAUCAAGAGAAUUGGACAAGUAGUUCCUCCCGUUUCCAUGAAGUUGGCUGCAGAUUGUACUGAUUUAGAAGCUAAGGAGCCUAGCGUUAGUGCUGGCGAUGUGAAAAGAUUUUCAUUUAGUGAUAACAUCAGAGUGGCUGAAGAUAGACAUGCGCACACAUUUGAUGAUUUUGGCAACGUAGACAGCAAGUUUGAAGAAGCUUCAGAAGGUUCCAAACAACCUGACCUAAAGAGAGAGAAGCAGAAACGUGAGAAAGGACUCAAUUCCAGGCAUAGAACACACUCGAUGAAAGCAACUGUUCAAGAUGCAAAAUUGUUUCUUGGAGAAACUGUGGGACAAUCGGAUCUUAAUGUACUUGUACAGAAAAGUGAUUCCAAAUUUUCAAAUAAAGAAACUACCAAUGUUAGGAAACGGCCACGGGCAGAAUCCUCCACAAUUUCUGUUAGUGAGCAGGAUGGAGAUGAUAGUGAACGAUGUUCUGAUAGCAUCACAACAGGUAGGCAACGUAAAAGGCAGCAAAAGAUUGCUUCGGUGCAGGCACAAGGAGAAAGCCGAUAUAAUCUGAGGCGACCCAAAAUUGGUGGCACAGCUAGUGCAACUGAGGUUUCAGGAAACCUGACAACAGGUAUGGAGAAAGAAAAGGAUGCAACCAUGACAGCGAAAGUGGAACCAAGUGGGGAAGCUUUUGUUACCUCUUCGUUGAGAAGUGUCGAUGGUGAGAACAUAAAAAAAGCAGACUAUGUGCAGCUUACAACAGUCAGAACCAUCUAUCGAUCGGAGGAUAGAGUAGUUCAGUUUGAAUCGCUGAGAAAUCCUGAAGAUAAUGCUUCUAUGGAGAAGUUGGUUGGUAUGGAUGAUUUGUGCGAUGAAGUGAAUGAUACGUCGGAAUAUGAAGAUGAAGAUGGAAACAUGAUCGAUGACGCAGAAGACGAGUACGAUGAAGAGCAGCCUGAUGCAAAAUCGAUUGGAAAGAAGAUCUGGACCUUCUUCACAACUUGAGAAGAGGAUUUUUCAUUCCCAAACUUGUCAAUAUUAUCAUUUGCGGAACUUUUAGCAUUCAACUUAGAGUAGCAUUUUGAGCUCUUCUUCUGUCGCUAUUUUGUAUUUUGAUUUUAGCUCCCAAUCGUUACUUGUAAUCUUUAGAUUUUAAGGUAAUCACCGAGCAAGCCCUUUUUAUGGGGGGAAAGGGAGGAUUUCAACUUCCUCCGGUUCACUUUUACGCUAAAUAAAUUCUUAAUUCAUCAAAUUUUACUUAUCAA